CGCAGUCGGGUGUAAUUCCGCCGACGGGAGGAACGAACGUCCGCGUCGUCGCCGUCGCAUGAGUAGUUGCGCUCAUGCGAUCCCUGUCGAGCCUCCAAAGGCAUACGUUGACUUCCACGUAGAUGGAUCGGCGUUGCCUGUGGUGGAGGAAGAAGUGUUCGAGAUGCAAUCACUUCAUCCAUACAAGAUGCGUUGGAGGGAGUCGUCACGGCCUUGGUGCAAUCGGUGUGGCGGCGACCCAUCGUCUCCAUUCUUUUCGCUUCCUGUUCCUUUUGAUCCGGCAUCGACAUGCAAAGACAACGACUGCGGCAUGAAACGUGGAUGGAAGUGGCAGUCGCGUUGGACCAUCGACAAGUCGUACACGCCGUGCGAUGCCGAAGGAUGGACGUACGGUAUGAGCAUCACCGCCAUGAACACUCACUUAGCCGACGGCACUCACCGCAUCAAGCCGAGGCCGUAUGAUAUCCUUCGCCGACGAAGGUGGGUGCGACGACGUGCUCGGGUCCCGAUCGUUCUACCUGGAUCAACCUCCGAUGAGACCGACGAUGACGUACGCUUCUACCGCGUUCUUCGCUUGGACUCGGCUCUGUCGCAAAUUAUGCAUGUUCGAUCGACACCACUGCACCAAAUGUACAACCUAAAGUUCCACUCGGACGAAAUCGCCAUGGAAGGAUGGCUCGGCAAGUACGGAUCGUUCACACACAAUUGGAAACUGCGGUACUUUUUACUGCGGCGGGACACCAACACCCUCGUAUACCUCCAGGACACGUCGUCGCUACUCCAGCUUGGCCAGGUCCCUAUCACCACACACACAGCCGUCGAGAUCGUGCCGUCACCAUGUGCAGGCUCGAAUUCGAACCGCCACCAGUUUGCGUUUGAGCUCGUCAAUGGCGCGCGGCGAUGGCGCCUCAACGCUCCCACGGAUGCGAUCAAGAUGCAUUGGGUGAAUGCCAUCCACGACAUUAUGUUCCAGCGCCAACCACCGUACUCGCUGGAGUGUGCCUCGAUGUGCCGGACACGGCCCGACUACCACUCGGCAUGUGUACUCCCACACCUGGCCGCCCUCGAAUCGACCUUUGAAGACGCGUCGGCGAUGGUCCUGACUGUUUUUGACGAUCUGUUGAACCAACCAGCGGACGUGACCAACUUGGCGACGACCGCGACGGUCCAGUCCUUGCUAAAUCAAACGUCGCCGGUCGCCCCAUCCGCCGAACUCGUGGCGUUUCGAGAACAAGUGGCUGCGUCGUUGUCGCAGUUGCAUAAAGAUAUCGUGGCGCCCUUGAAGGCGAACCCGACGAAAUUGACGUUGCUCGGCGUGAACCGCGCGAAGGAGGACUUGUACAUCGGGUGCACCGCCCUCGUGGACUCGAUCAAAUCGUUCCAACGGCCUAGCUCCAAUUCAGUUGUGAAGCGCCGGUCUGGCGAAGCCACGAGGCGGCUGUCCAUCCCCGAAGCAUGGCUUUUAGACACGCCGCCGUCGGCCGGGUCGAUAACAGUGCCCGCCCCGCCAGAAAACCUUGUCGACAUCAAGCCACCCCCCCCGCUUCCCAUCACUAAAUCAUCGUCGGUCGCGAAACCCAACCCCGGAGACAUGCCUUCCACGACAAGGAAGUCUAACGCCGCCUCGCAUCCUGCCAAAGACGUGCCGGUCCGACAGCCUUGCGGCCGCGCGAACGCGAAAGCAUUGCUGCGUCGAGUAUUUCAUCGCGCUGAACAUCUUGACCGCGGCGUUGGUGGGCUUGUUGUGUGGGCCGACGAGCACGACAUUGGGUCCCUCAUUGCGUACUCGCUCGUGUCACCAAUGUACGUCGAUCUGCUCCAGCAAACUUGCGGCGCCAUUUCCGUGCUCCACGAGCACGAAGGCAAGAUGACGUUGCGGACACCUCAAAUCUACCGCGAGAUCAAAAACCCGUCGUGCCACCAUUUCAAAUGCCACGUCGUUCUGGACAAAACCUCUGCGACCAUCGCCCACACCAACACGUUGUCGACGUCGUCCGACCAAACCGAGGCCAACGCGUCGACGCAAGACAGAGCGCCGGAUGGACUCCCGACAAUCAGCGGCGGCGACGGUGGCGAUGGUGGCAGUAGUGGAGCAACCACCGUCACGGUGUACUUUGCCACGCAAUUUCACUGUCUCCGGCAAGUGAUCGAACCAGGGAACCUCGGCUUCUUGAAUGCCAUCGCCAAGAGUGCGCCAUGGGAGACUUCUGGCGGCAAAUCUGGCGCGUUCUUUUCCUUGUCGCACGACCAGCAGUUUGUCCUCAAGGGCGUCGCAGCGACGGAAUUCAACAUGUUUGUCCACUUUGCGCCCACGUACUUCAAGUACAUUGCCGAGGUGGCAGAGAAGAAGGCGUCGUCGUGCCUGGCCAAGAUCGUCGGCGCAUUCAAGAUCAAGCUGCACGGCCACACCAAGCCCAUGUUUGUGUUUGUGAUGGAAUGCUCCAUUUUUGGCUUUCCGUUUACGCAACUGUACGACCUCAAGGGCGUGCGGCGGAACCGAAGCGUCGAGAAGGACCGACCUGUCGUGUACAAGAAGGUCCUUCCCGACGAAAACUUUGUCGACCGGGUGCCCGUGCACGUUCGACCGCACGACUUGCGACGGUUCCUCGACGCGCUCACCAAGGACGUGUCCAUGCUCAGCAGCAACGGCGUCAUCGACUACUCGCUGUUGUUGGCGUUCGAUGACACAACCCUGUCCAUCCGUGCCGCGCUGAUCGAUUAUGUCCACCAGUUUGACUUUAUCAAGCGCGUCGAGUCCGGCGCCAAGAAGAUGUAUCAGUCGCCGACCGUGCUGCCGCCCAUUCCGUACAAGGACCGGUUCCUCGAAGCGAUGAGUUUGAAUUUUAACAGCCGCCACGUGCUGGACGACGCGCUGCACCACUCCACGAGCAGCUUCGACAUGCACGACGAUGACAUCAACGAUCACGGCAAAAUCACGGUCAAGGUCAAGCGAUCCCGGUCCGACAUUGCCGUGCGAAACAACGACCAAGCGUCGCAGACCGAACAAGGCGACAACCACCGCACAGCUGCCACCGACGCCAGCCGUCCGCGAUCCGUGAGCGACACAAGUCACUCGGCAGCAAACCCCAUCGCUCUUGUGUCAAUCGUCGAAUAGUAAAGCUCGUUACUUUUGUGACGUAUCGGA